UGUUGGCUGCCCUCCGGGUCCUUUUGUGGACUGCGUUGCGAGGGCGAUGAGCAAAGGGUAGGGCCGUUCCAGAGGGCGCUGAGCCUUUGAAGCAAGCGAUCGGGUUUCUCUUUUCUCCUUCCAACAUUAAAGCAUUAUUUAGCGUGUGCGCGUGUGUAAGACGGGGGCAGCAUCACGUAGGAGCUUAAGUCGGGCACCGUGUAUGCGAAAGAGAGAGAUGAUACGACUAUGGAGACUCAGCGGCCGGGAGCCGAGGAGGAUACCGGCUUGCUGAGGAGGCGGGGGACGCGGCAGCAGAGGCCCGGCGUCGGGAGCACAGCCAGUUGCUGCCGCAGGGAUCGGGUGCCGCGGGCUAUGUGCAGCCGCCGCAGUUCCCAGCUGGGACUCGGCGCCCUUUGCCUUGUGACUCCGCAUUGCUCCUGUGACUGCGGCUCGGCGUGAAAGGGAGGAGGGCCAGCAGGAGGAGGAAGAGAAGGGGCAUCGAGAGAGGGGAAGGGCAGGUCGGCGCACGGCGGAUUGGAGGAGGAGAAAAGGAUGAAGGGUUCGCGGUCAAGGCGCUGUGGGGCCGCACUCAGGAGGAGGCGGAGGAGCUGGCCAAGGAGAUGAGCGUCCCCUUCUACACCAGCCGAAUCGACGAAGUCUUGCUGCACCAGGACGUGGAUUUGGUCUGCAUCAACCUGCCGCCGCCUCUGACCAGGCAGAUCGCUGUGAAAACUCUGGGGAUUGGGAAGAAUGUCAUUUGCGACAGAACCGCCACCCCAUUAGAUGCCUUCAGGAUGAUGACAGCGGCCCACUAUUAUCCCAAGCUUAUGAGCGUCAUGGGUAAUGUUCUCCGCUUCUUGCCUGCCUUCGUGAAGAUGAAGCAGCUGAUUCAAGAGGGCUACGUCGGAGAGCUGCUUGUGUGUGAGGUACAGGUUCACAGUGGGAGCCUGCUGGGGAAGAAAUACAACUGGAGCUGUGAUGAUUUGAUGGGAGGUGGCGGUCUGCACUCUGUUGGUACCUACAUCAUUGACCUCUUGACCUUCCUCACUAGCCAGAAGGCUGUGAAAGUGCAUGGACUGCUGAAGACCUUUGUGAAGCAGACCGAUCACAUCAGAGGCAUACGCCAGAUCACAAGUGAUGACUUUUGUACCUUUCAGAUGGUCUUGGAAGGCGGGGUGUGCUGCACUGUUACCCUCAACUUCAAUGUGCCUGGAGAAUUUAAGCAAGAUAUUGUUGUAGUAGGUUCCAGUGGGAGGCUGAUUGUAAUAGGCACUGAUUUGUAUGGACAGAGCAAUAACUCCCCACAAAAGGAGCUCAUUUUGAAGGAUUCCACACCGGUUAGUAAUGCCUUGUUGCCCGAGAAGGCCUUCAGUGACAUCCCAGCGCCAUACCUCCGGGGAACCAUCAAGAUGGUCCAGGCUGUCAGGGAGGCGUUUGAAGACCAGGAUGAUAGGCGGACCUGGGAUGGACGGCCGCUUACCAUGGCUGCAACGUUUGAUGACUGUCUCUAUGCGUUGUGUGUAGUGGACACCAUUAAAAAAUCCAAUCAGCUGGGUGAAUGGCAGAACAUUGUGAUUAUGACUGAGGAACCAGAACUAAGCCCUGCAUACUUGAUCAGUGAAGCAAUGCGCAGAAGUAGGAUGUCUCUGUACUGCUAGCCUCUCUGGCACAUCUCUCGGGGGAAGAGCAGUGAAUCAAGGCAGUUCUUUCCUGACAGAAAAGAUGGCACUCCAGUCAGGCCUUGAAUGAGGAAGACAAUAUAGGAAAUAAUCAAGGCUGUUGAAGCCACAUUGCCUACGUGAUGCUUGAACUAUCAGCUGUAUUUGAAACACUUGUGACAGAUUGCUGUUCCAAGACCUUUGCGUUAACUGUUUUCAAAAAAAGCAUUAUAGGAGGGUAAAACAGACUCUGUUUAUAAGCUGCGGGUGUAUAGUUGAUUCAGCUGCAUUGAUCAUUAAAAAAAGGUUCUGAAAGGUCUAUUUGGACAUUAUUCACCAACCAGCAGGCUGCAAAGAUGUUGAACUGUCAGGAAGCCCCUUGUGGCAAAAAAAAAAAAGCUGGUGGCUUCUGACAUGAACACGUCAUAGCAAGCCAACUGAGAAGAGCAUUCUAUUUGAGUCCUCUUACAUUCAGUAACCUGUUGCAUCUGCAUUGCCUAAUAAGCAGAAUAAGAACACUUGGCAUGCAUAUGUCAUUUGAUUUGGGGAAAAAUGGGAAGCUUGGUUUUCAUAGCCAAUAUGAACAGUAAAUGUUGUCUUUGAACUUUUUCUUUUAAUGUAACAUAAAUAGAAACAUUUGAAUUUUAAAAUUCAGGGUGCUCCAGAAUUGCAGCAUAUUUCACAUCAGAUUCCAGUCAUUCAUGCUCGGCUUCAGUAGAAAGUACAAGGAACUGUAGAGAGAGAAAAAUGUGUGUAAAUUACCUGCAGCAUGGCCAACUUCUCUCGUGUUGUAAGACUGUCGAUAAAUUUCAGAGGGAUAGCCAUGUUAAUCUUCCAUGAGAAUACCAGCAGUGCAUCCUUUGAUGCCUUUCAUACACUGGAGCUUCCUUUCAUUAGGCACAUGAAGUAUCUGACAAAGUGGGUCUAGUCUACAAAAAUUCAUGGUGUCAUUACCUUUGUUAGUUUUUAAGGUGCCAUGUGACCAAUUUCUGAUUUUGGGACUUGUUUUUAAGAGUCCAGACUAGAACAGAAUUCAAAAAAGUACUGGUUUCAACCAAACCUAACAUGUUUUGUGUUGAAAUUGUACAAAACAAAGCAUGGUUUACCCCAAAGGCUAAAUUUUUGUGAAUGAUACUUUUUGUGUGUCUAAGACUAACAGCCAUCUCUUGUUAUGGAGGCGAACUUCAUGGCUGUUUCAUCACACGUGUCUCAUGCUGCAGUUUUCCAUGUUAUUGUAGUCUUACUCUUUGUUUCCUAGUGACAAGAGUUGGGCUGAGGAGUUCUGCUUGAACCUAGUGAGAUGUUCCCAUGCACCCUCAUACAUGAGAGAUCACAUCAAUUUUAAAAGUUCGUUGAGCACUUAACGAUCUCCUCUCUCCUGUCAAAAGAAGCAUGUGACAGUGCAGGUUCCUCCGAUGCAAAAAGACUAGGACAAUAAGCUGUGAUAAUGGAUGCUUGUUUGCUAGAAUGGAAAUGUAGCCAAUUCUAAGCUACUGUUGAAGUUGGGGCAAGACUGCCUACAGCCUAGAUCAGCCUCUGCCAACCUGGGGUCUUCCAGAGAUUUUGGACUGCAGCUCUUAUCAUCCCAGCUAGCAUGACCACGUGGAGAUCCUGGGCAGUGUAAUCUGGCACAUCUAGAUGGCACCAGCUUGUGGAAGGCUGCCAUAGGUGAUGGUUAAAGCAUAGCCAUAAUUUUGCCCUGCAGUGUAGUGCUACCAGGUCAAGGCCCAGAGAACUUUCUUGUCCUCUUGACAGCCCUGUAGUUGAGAAGAAGGAAGUUUAACUGUCUCUACUGCCUCACAAUACACAUGGUGUCUCAUUGCCACACUUACCUGCUAGAACAAGCCUGGAGUUCUUAAAGAGACAGGAGUGAUCUCUUGAGUUGCUGCUUCCCGUCAUUAUUGGGAUCUGUUGUUUUGUAAGGCUGCUGACAAUAUACUAAGAGACACGUAGUAUCCUCACAAAACCACUGUUCCCAUGAUUAUUUUGGGAGUAAGAAUGACAAGUCAAAUUGACUUUAUAAUGUGCUUUGUCAUUCAUCAUUGCUCUAAACUGGAUAUUAACAAAAAGCUGGUCUAAUACCGAGAGAGAGCGCGCGAGCGAGUUGUGAACGGUUUAAUAAGGGCCAAACUAUACUUUGUUGAAGGGCUUGAAUUAGCACCCUGAAUACAGAACAUCAAGAAUUACACUAAUUUCAGGAAUCAGACUGAGCUCUGUGUGGCUAAAGCAAACACUUUCUACAGGCACUCUGGGAACAAGCCAUGAUGCCUGUGUCUGGAAUGGGACCAGUCAGCAGAACUCUCUUCUGUAGACUCUCUGAUGUGUCCCAAAUUUUGUUUGGUUUCCAGUUGCUUCAAGAACCACUUGCCUUCCUGUUGCCCCAAAGGCGAGCCCCACUUGUGCUUUGUUGGACAUCGCCCUUAUUAUUAAGUGAUCUCCUUUGGGUCAAUGCCUUGACCAGCAACGUGGGCGACUCUGCUACCUCUUUUUCUCCCAGAUUCACAGAGCCUGUCUCCUUCCUGAGCAAAGGACAGGUGAGUGCAGGGCAGAACAAGGAAAGAGUGGGAUGAGAUGACAGUUCUGCUGAAAUUACCUUUACUAUCCCGUAUCACAGUCUAUAGAUGUUCAUGCACAGAAGGAUGCCCAGAGCAGUACACAAAAUCUCUAUCUGUUCUCUUCCUGCUGCCAAAGAGAGGGACAGCAGUGGAUGAAGCAGAUCAUGGAAGGAAGAAUAAAUUCCAAAUGCAUGGGAGAAGUUCAGGAAGUCUGAGAACUGAAACACUACUGAAAAGUGUGAAUUUGUUCUGUACAAUUUGAUGAGAGAUAAUCAAUGUUGUUGUGGUGCCAGCCACCAUUCCUUAAAAAGUACUUGAAUGACUAACGUAGUUCCUGUUUGAUUUUUAUGGUUUUCACCUUACAAAAAACAAGAUCCCAAUCAAGCCUACUGGUGUCAUCCUAUCACUUAGCUGCAUUGUGGGCAGGUCUAGUUCUGCCAGGCGUCUUUGUUUCCUGCCUCUUUGCUAGCUCCAUCAGCAAGGGCAGCGCAGUGAAGAUGAUUUUAAAAGAAUGAGGUGGGGAGACAACUAGGUUUGUACUUCCUCUUGUGUGUUUUAUCAGCAUACCAUUAUCCACCCAUGACUGACAGCAACUCCUUACUUUAGCUGAUGCUUGAAUUAUGCCUUGUUUUUCUUUGUCUUUUUUAACCUUAAAGAAUCCAUGUGUACAUUUAUUGCUGUAUUUAAUAUAUAUAUUUAUUAUGUUUUACAAAUAUAUAUAUAUAUAUAUAUAUAUAUAAAUAUAUAUGCACAGAGAAAGAGAUACAAAAAUCAGACUAUAUAAAAUGUCAGUGCAUGGGCAUUUUAUGUACAAUAGAUAUUUUAAACACAAAAAUGUGUGAUAAAAACAGAGUCUAUAUUUUAUAUAUCUAUACUGUAGAUAGCAAAAUGAAACUGCAUUUAAAUUAUAGCAAGUGGAAAAGGAGAUGCAUUAAAAAGAAAAGAGCAAGUACUGUGAUUGUCUCUAGCAUGUUGACAGGCUGGCUACUUUUAAUGGAAACCUCCCUUCUGUAGUUCUUGGCUGAAGUAAAAUCUGUCCAUCCUUUCCUGAAAGGACAAUGUUCAUAUAUUACUUUUCCAUUGCUUGGGGAAUGUAGUUAUAGUCAGCCAUGAGCAUAUCCAUGCUGCUUAAAACAUGGUUUCCUGCUGUUCUUACCUAUUUGCAUUGUUGGAAUAAAAAGAACCUAAAUGAUGAAAUAAAAGGAGAAAAGAUUC